AUGGACCCCGAGAGGCCGGGCUCUGCGCCCCUGCAGCCAUCGAGCGAGCCAGGUUGCGUGCCGCUUCCCUGCUUCCUCCGGCACGACUGCCCAGUGUCCUGGGACCUCUGUGCCUCUAGCCCGGCAGCCGCGAGCCUGGACUCCUGGGAGAGCGGCUUGCUGCGGGAUGGAGGCGCUGGUCAUCGCCAAUUCUUCCUGGGGGCAGCCGGGAUGCCAGGGAAGCUGGCUCCAUCUCCCCACAGCCACCUCUGGAUCUCUCCGGGUUUCCUUCGGCCGAGCCCUGGGACAUCCUCUGCCGGAUGCCCCGCUGACGCAGCCCCUGAUUUCAUUCACCCUCUGGUGGCGGCUGCUCACCUGGAUCCUGGUGCGCCUUGGUUGAUGUCAAGGAUAAAUGCAGCUGGAUCUACCCCUCCUCUACCACCUCUGGAUCCUGCUGGUUUUCCUUCGCCUGAGCUCUGGACUGGGCCCCACGUGGACGCCCCUCCUGACGCAGCCCCCGAUCCCGCGCUGCCCCCCGUGGCUGCUGCCUGCCUGGAUCUCACAGACGUACCCCCGACAUCCAAGACAAAUCCAGACUUGGGUGAAGUCUUGGCCCACGUCUCUAACACCCUGAGAUGCCACCCCAAGGGUAUGAGGGUGAAGCCGCUGAUGAAGAGGCUGCGGAAGGAGCAUGGGGUGGACCUGUUGGCAUUCAGCCGGGACGGAGGGUACCAGGGAGUCGUGUCCUUCCUGCAGGAGAUGCCGGAUAUUGAACUCUGGAACCCCGAGAAGGGAGAGAAGUGUCGUGUCCUGAGCUGUACCUUUAAGAAGAACGUCGCAGACCCCCUGCCGCUACUCUGCAGCACCCUGGGCUCCUUCCCCAAUGGCCUGCGGGUCUUCAGCCUGAGGAAAGCCAUGUGGCAGAAGCACGGGGUGAACUUGGAGGAAUUCAGCCAGCAGCAGGGAUAUCUGAGCACCCUGGACUAUCUGACCAGGCUGCGUGGGAUCAGGCUGCAGGGGCUGGAGAGAGGGGAAAAGUGUCUUGUCCAGCUUCAGAAGGGUGAGGCUGUGAAGCCCCCUGCCCCGCAGCCCCCCCCAGACCCUGCUCCCCCAUCGGCCCGGCACAGCAGCAGCCCCCCGCCCGAUGCCCCUGCCGACGGGGGGCCGACGGGAGCCCCGGGGGAGACGCCUGGCUUGGCCGAGGUCUCGGCCUGGGUGCGGGACGUGCUGGGCCGGUUCCCGCUGGGGCUGAAGGUGGGGAAGCUGAAGGAGGCGCUGCGGGGCGAGCGCGGGCUGGACCUGGAGGAGCUGAGCCGUCAGCGGGGCUGCGGGGACGCCCUGCGCCUGCUCCGGGCUCUGCCCCAUGUCUGGCUGCGGGACCCGGACAAGGGCGACGCCUGCCUGGCCCGGCUGGACGCGGGUGAGGCUGUGAUGCCUCCUGCCCCGCAGCCCCCCCCAGACCCUGCUCCCCCAUCGGCCCAGCAGAGCAGCAGCCCCCCGCCCGAUGCCCCUGCCGACGGGGGGCCGACGGGAGCCCCGGGGGAGACGCCUGGCUUGGCCGAGGUCUCGGCCUGGGUGCGGGACGUGCUGGGCCGGUUCCCGCUGGGGCUGAAGGUGGGGAAGCUGAAGGAGGCGCUGCGGGGCGAGCGCGGGCUGGACCUGGACGAGCUGAGCCGUCAGCGGGGCUACGGGGACGCCCUGCGCCUGCUCCGGGCUCUGCCCCACGUCUGGCUGCGGGACCCGGAGAAGGGCGACGCCUGCCUGGCCCGGCUGGACGCGGAUGCUGCUGUCAAUGCCCCCUCCCCCUCCCCCUCCCAGCCUGCUGAGGCGGGGGGGCCGCGCGCCGUGGGCCCAGCCAGGCGGACGCAGGCCCAGCGUCGGGGGGCAAAGCCCGGCGCCAUGGAGACGUUGAUCCGGGGCGUCCUGGCCCCCUACCCCUCUGGCAUCCGGGUGAAGAACCUGCAGAAGCUGCUGGCGGGGAAGCAUGGAGCAGACCUGGAGGCUUUCAGCCAGGCCAGUGGCUACGGGGGCGUGGUCCCCUUCCUGUGGGACGUCCCGGGGCUCAUGCUCCGGGGUGCAGAGAAGGGCAACAACUGCAUCGUCCAGCUCCAGAGAGGGUCCCCGCAUCCCCACGCAGCUUCCUGUCCUGGGGAAGCAGCUGCCGGCAUCCCCCCGAAGCCAGGGGCGGCCGACAGCUGGGACGCCGGGGACCAGGACCCAGAGCCUGCCGCUGCGCUGGAGAGAGGUGCGACUGAGGUCCUGACGCUGCUCAGGUGCCUGCUCCGCCAGUACAAGUCUGGCCUGCGGCUGCAGAAGGUGGAGGAGUUGAUGCUGGAGAGACAUGGGCUGGAUCUGAAGCGGUUUGUGAGCUCCCGGGGCAAGGAGGACGUGCUCGGAUACCUGCAGAGGCACCUGCCCGCGCUGAAGUACAGGCAGACGGAGAAGGGAGACAAGUGUAUCGUCUGGCUGGGGACAGGGCAGAAGAAAGGCUUUGGAUCUUUGCCCCCUGGCAGUGCCCGCCCCUUGCCCGGCUCCAAGAGGUGCCUCCUCCCAACGAAUGCUGCAGAGCGCCCGCCCCCGCCCGCCACCGACUGCCUCAACCGCCGGCUGCCCAGUGCCACCACCAACCAGCCUCUGCUUCCCAGCCUGCCCUCGGGCCGGGAGCCCUUCCGUGCCCCCGCCGUCCUGGGCAAGCUGGGAAAGUCCCCAGGGGCCAACCCCCGCCUCCCAGCCUGGUUACUGAGCCCACCCCGGCCCACCGGCGCCUGCUCAGGCCUGCGAACAGAGGAGGGGACCCAGGAGUCCGGGGCCAGGCCUGCCAGCGCCCCCUUGGUUCUGCGAGCAGAGGAAAGGACCCAGGAGUCCGGGGCCAGGCCUGCCAGCGCCCCCUUGGUUCUGCGAGCAGAGGAAAGGACCCAGAAGUCCGGGGCCAGGCCUGCCAGCGCCCCCUUGGUUCUGCGAGCAGAGGAGGGGACCCAGGAGUCCGGGGCCCAGCCCCCUGAGGACCUGAGGGAGCUGAAGCGGAAGGUGGGGGCCAUCCUGGCCGGGCACCCCGAGGGCAUGUCCCUCUUCCAGUUCCGUGCCGCGUACAGCGCCGCCCACCAGCACCCGCUGCCCCUGGGCCGCACGGCCUCCACCAAGCAGCGGCUGGCGCAGAUGCCCGACGUGGUGAGGAUGCAGGGCUGCGGGGUGCAGAUGCUGCUGCUGCCAGUGGACCCCGACGAACCCCCCGGGGCAGAGCCUGGUCUUGCCCUGUGGAUCCCACAAGAAGCUGCUGCCCUGGUUGGAGACCCCGACGACCCAGCUGAGCCCCCACCUGGCCCUGCUGUUCCUGACCCAGCUGGGGACCCCCACGUUCAAGCCAAGCUCUGUUCCACUCUGGCCGAGAUCCCCCCAGCUCCCGCCCUGGCUGGGGACCCCGACACCCCAGCUGAGCCCCCUCCCUUCCCUGCAGCUCCCGCCCUGGCUGGGGACCCCGACACUCCAGCUGAGCCCCCUCCCUUCCCCCCAGCUCCUGCCCUGACUGGGAACCCAGACACCCCAGCUGAGCCCCCUCCCUUCCCUGCAGCUCCCGCCCCAGCUGGACCCCGACACCCAGCUGAGCCCCUCCCACCCUGGCCGAGAUCCUCUAGUCCUCACAGCUCCGCCCGGCUGGGACCCGACACUCCAGCUGAGCCCCCUCCCUUCCCCCCAGCUCCUGCCCUGACUGGGGACCCUGACACCCCAGCUGAGCCCCCUCCCACCCUGGCUGAGAUCCCUCUAAUCCUCACAGCUCCUGCCCCGGCUGGGGACCCCGACACCCCAGCUGAGCCCCCUCCCACCCUGCCCGAGAUCCUUCCAGUCCUCACAGCUCCUGACCCAGCUGGGGACCCCAGAGUCCCAGUCAAGCCCCCUCCCACUUUCGUGGCUCCGAGAUGGGGGCCGAGCCCCCAGGCCCUGCAGCGCCCAGAGGCCGCCGGACCUGAACCCAGCUGGGAGUUACCUGUCUUGGUGCCCAGCGCCCCCGUGGUUCUCCCGGCAUCGGGGCUGGGCAGCAGCUCGUGGUUCGGCAGCGGAGCCCCGCCCUGGGUGAUCCCGGUGCUUCUGCUCGCCCAGUUGUGUACCCUCCACACCAUGUGGUCCCCCCGGACCCCUCUGCAGCCCCAGAGCCGCCCUGCCUGA